CCCAGAGUUCGAUCGAGCUUAUAUAUACACACCCAAACCAGAGAUUUACAAAUAAAAUACAAGAGUUUCAGGCUCAACUUGAAUCUGCUUGUUAUAUACAGCCUGAAUGACAGUGACACCUCUCUCUUUCUAUCUAUAUCUAUAGAUUCAUGUAUAUACAUAUACAUGGUACACUUGUAGGCAAGCCACGAUAUUGCAGGACCUAUACGUUGAGCUAACUUCUCUCAGUUAUAUUCAUCUUUCUCUUACUGGGUCUGAAUCGAAAAAAACAGUUUUCUUAUUCUGUUCAGCUUUUUUGGGAUUCUUUCUUCCACAAUAAAAAGAAGGGUUUCAGAAAAAGAUGAACAACUCUCCUGAUGAACAUGGCUUUUAUAUUGAAAGUGACGAAGAUGAGGAUGAGAAAGAGUUGCACGAAGGCGGAGGAGGAGGAUAUGAUGAUAAGAAAGAUUUACUCAAAAGUCAAGAAGACGAAGGAAACGACUCAGAUUUUUCAGAUUCCUCGGCCGAAAAUCAGCACCACGACCGACCGGGCUCAUACAAUAAUACCUCAUGGCCUCAAAGUUAUAGGCAAUCCAUUGAUCUUUAUAGUAGUGUACCAUCCCCAAAUCUCGGGUUUCUUGGGACUCCUAAUUCAUUGUCGAGAUUAGGCAGUUCUUUUCUAUCCUCAUCACUUACGAGAAGGCACACUCCUGAUUCAUUGUUACCUUUGACAAAACCAUUGUUGUCACCAGUAGAAGAUGAACAACGGCAGCAGCUGCCACCGCCACCGCAUAGGCAUAGCUCUCACCUUCUCCCUCCUCCUAUUCCUCCAUCAAGAAGGUCUUCCAUAAGGAAAGAUGAAAAACCAUCUAUUAAAGUGUCACAUGAGCUCCCUAUCUCUCCCCACAGCUCAUUUGCACAAACUGUUGCAAAUGGAAUAAAUGUGUUGUGUGGAGUUGGAAUCCUGUCAACUCCUUAUGCAGUCCAACAAGGAGGGUGGCUUGGACUUGUUAUUUUGUUUGUGUUUUCAGCACUUUCUUACUACACUGGUGUCCUCCUGGCUCGUUGCUUAGAUAGUGAGCCAGGCCUCGAGACUUACCCGGAUAUUGGCCAAGCUGCUUUCGGCACUGCUGGUCGAAUUGCCAUCUCGAUAAUACUAUACGUGGAAUUAUAUGCUUGCUGUAUUGAAUACAUAAUCUUAGAGAGUGACAAUUUGUCUUCACUAUUUCCAAGUGCACACCUAGACAUUGGUGGGUUCCUAAUUGACUCACGUCUUCUCUUCGCAUUGAUCACAACUCUUGCUGUUCUACCUACGGUUUGGCUUCGCGACCUUACUGUUCUAAGCUACAUAUCUGCCGGUGGAGUUGUGGCAUCAGUGAUGGUGGUACUAUGCCUGUUUUGGGUUGGUACGGUAGAUGGAAUUGGUUUUGUGAACAAAGGGACAGCACUUAACCUUGGAACUCUUCCUGUGGCUAUUGGUCUUUAUGGUUAUUGCUACUCAGGACAUGCAGUUUUCCCCAACAUAUAUAGUUCUAUGGCAAAUCGAAAUCAAUACCCUUUAGUUCUAUUUACAUGUUUCGGUAUAUGCACUUUGAUGUAUGCUGGGGUAGCUGUCAUGGGAUACAAAAUGUUUGGAGAUGCCACUCUCUCACAGUUUACGCUUAACAUGCCUAAUGAUUUGGUGGCCACCAAGAUUGCUGUAUGGACUACGGUUGUUAACCCAUUUACCAAAUAUGCAUUGACCAUAACUCCAGUGGCAAUGAGUCUAGAGGAAUUGAUACCAUCAAGCCAAUCCAAGUCUCAUCACAUUUAUUCUAUCCUCAUUAGAACUGGACUGGUCAUCUCAACAUUGAUUGUGGCUCUCUCAAUUCCCUUCUUUGGCCUUGUAAUGUCACUGAUUGGAUCUUUUCUCACAAUGCUGGUGACAUUGAUACUUCCUUGUGCUUGUUACCUAAGUAUUUUGAGGGGAAGAAUAACUCGUCUUCAGGGAACACUAUGCAUUAUAGUGAUCACAGUAGGUGUGGUAUCAUCGAGUUUUGGAACCUAUUCAGCUCUCUCUAAAAUUAUUGAGAAUUUGAGCGGUUGAUUCUACUCCAAACUUGUUUCAGAGACAACACUUAUUAAUUUAAGUCUAUAUAUUCUUUCUAAAAAUUAUAUUUGUUAUUAGAUUUUUGUUUUUUUUUUCCCCAAUUUCCAAUUUUGUGUGAAUUUUUGUCUUUAUAACCACUUUCCUUUCCCCGGCUUGUUCAUCCCCUAUUGUUUGAGUAGUUUAAUAUUUAUGGAAAAGUUUGUCUAUAGUUUUUUUUUU